CCUAUACUAAGUGAUCUGAUUAUAUUUAAACCAGUACGGUGUAUUUUUAGUCCACUGUGUUUUUUUCGGUCACGGGUUUUAAAUGCCAUUCAAGAAAAAUAUUUCAAAAUGGUAGAAAGGAAAGAAGUUCUUAGCUUACUUGUUUUAACUGUUACAAAUACAGUAGAAUGUGCAAGAAGUUCAACAUGUAUGGCUUUAGAUGGUGCAAAGUGGAGAAGUUGUUAUUACGGUUGCUGUGGUAACUCAACAUUUAAUGGAUACGGUACUUUACCUUGCUGUCAAAAUGAAGACCCUCCACAGUAUUCAUAUUUGUUGCUUGCCAUUGGGUUACUUAUUCCUUGUGCAAUAUGUUUAAUGGUUUUAAGGAGAACAGGGGAGAGAUGUCGACGUCCGGUUCAUGUUAGUCGAUCCAGACGUGAAGAGAAUCUGCGUGGCAGCAUGCCUGGAUAUGGAGGUCGAAGAUUAAUGGUGACGACCAUAGCUGAUCUUUUAAUGUCUUCUCGAGAUCACCAUCGUGAUCGAUGCGAUUCGACUGCCGAUAUCAUCACACCACCAGCAUACGAAGAUGUAGUUAAAGAAUCAAAUGAUGAAUAUUUGCCGCCAGCCUAUUCUGAAGUACUUAAAAUGGACUCGGAAUGUCCAAAUCCAUUAUAUGAGAUGUCUCAAAGUCAUCCUUACUAUCAUUCCAAUCAUCAAACUUCACAUGAAACAGCCGUACAUAGACCAUCUUCAUCCAUAGACAAUCCGAACAAUUGUGACAAUCAUAUUAGUAUCUCAGUAGAACAUAUUUCGACAGAGGACACUGGGGAAAAUGUGAUAUCGGAAAGCUCAUUCAAUAAUCUUGGUUUUACUCCAGAAUCGUCAGGCCAAGUAGAUCGAUGCACGCUCAGCCAAAGCAGUGAAACGACAACAGACAAUCAAAAUUCAACAUGACCAUUCAAAACCUCUUAAAUUCCUUGCUGCAUUUAUAUUGAGCUGUCCAAUUGUGGUACAUUUGCUGUAUAUGAAAUCAAUUUGUUUCAGAAUUGAAUAUUAUACAAAACAUGUAUAAUAUAUAUACAUUUUGUAUAUAUGAUUUUCGUGCGAAGGCUGUUACACGUGUUUAUAUGUUAUGACUUUAAUGUACUUAAUCGCAAGUGCGCUCUUGAACGAAAGUUUGGAAAGCCAAAAUGUUUGAGAGCAUAAAAAUCAAAAAGAGCCGCCAAAAGUGUGUUUUAGAGGAUUGUAACCUUAUAGUCUUAUCACAAUUGCUUAAUUCUAUGAACUGAAAAAUGUACAAUGAUGUAUAAAUAUUUAUUUAGCUUUUUUUCUAUUGGUCAGUUUUAAGGGUCCCAUCAUGAACCUCUUAACUUUCUGCUCAGCACGUUGCAGUUAUUCAUCUAUUGUUAUUUCGGUAUUAUUCCUUUGAAAUGCCCCCAAAAAUUAAAAAAAGUGAAAUUUACAUUAAAAAAGUCAAAAUAAUACAUAUCUUUUAUCUAAGUUCAUUGUAUACGGUUUUAACUUUUACUUCCAAUCAAAUUAUUACCUCUGUUUGUGUAUUCUGUAAAUGUGUAUCUAUUGUUAUAAAAUAUUUAUUGUUUA